AUGGAGCAGAUAGAUAUUAUUAAUCAGAAAGGAGAGGUAGUAACGACAAGCAAAGUGAAAAGCCGCGGAGAAAUUGCCGGAAGUACUCGCAAAAUUUAUCGGCAAAAAGGAACCGGUGGAGCCCGCCAUGGUCAUCGUUACGCCCCUCAAUUUCGGGGUGGGGGAGUAGCUUUUGGUCCUACCGGAAAAGAAGUUUUUUCCCUAAAAGUUAAUACGAAAUUGAAAGAAAAAAUUUUUCGCUCACUCUUAAGUGAAAAAAUGCGUAACAAAGCAAUAAUUAUCAUCGAUAAAGUGAAGUUGGAAGAUUAUAAAACCAAGGAAGCAAAAAAAUUACUUAGCAUUUUACCAACCAAAGAAAUUAUUAGGACUAAAAUCCUUCUAGUGUUAGCUAAUAGUGAGGAAAAUAAGCAAGAGAUAACCCGCUCUUUUCGCAAUUUACCUUAUGUCAAUAUUAGUGAUAGUAAAUCAAUUAAUUCCAAUCAUUUGUUGACCUCUAAUUAUCUCGUUUUUACUCAUUUAGCUUUGACUGAAACCGAAAAGAGAUUAAAUUAA